CAAACCAGAGCGCAGCAGUCCUUUAUUAAUGUCAGACGAGUCUCUUCAUUCAUGAGGUGGAAGUCCAGCCAGACCCAACCCUGCCAGCAGAGGGCAGUUUAUCUUCCAUCAUUAAACAAAAUACUUUUGGACGUCUGGGAUAGUUAUUUUGAGGUACUUAAAGGGUUCAUUUGGACACAUACGGAAAUUCAGUUUAUGUCGCCAGCGUGGGAACGGAACUCGUUCGUAACCUGGGGACUACCUGUAUUCAUUUAAUGAUUUGGCAUUUAUAGCCAUAGAUGUCUAGUUCAUUGUAGUCAACGGUCGCGGACUUGACUGAUUUUUUUCCCCCCCGUAACGUUAUUUUAACACGCAGUCACAAUGGCAAAAUGGACGACUGGAACGUUUUGGGUGGAAUCCUGGAGGACGUGCACGCGCACUCCACAAUGGUGGGAAAAAUGUGGCUGACGCUUUUGCUGGUGUUCCGCAUGCUGGUUUUGGGCGUGGCGGCCGAAAACGUGUGGACGGACGAGCAGGACCACUUCGCGUGCAACACGCAGCAGCCGGGUUGUCGCAACGCCUGUUACGACCUUGCUUUUCCAGUCUCGCCCGUACGCUUUUGGGUGCUCCAGGUGGUCUCCGUGGCGUCCCCCUCGCUGGUCUACGCCGGUCAUGCCUUCUACAGGCUUAGAGUUUUGGAAAAAGCUCGACGUCUCCGAAAGGUGUCGCUCAGGAGAUACCUAGAGCAGGCGGAAGCAGAGGAAACCAAGCAACGAAUCGAACGGGAGCUGAAGCGUCUCGAACGCGGGAGGCAAGACAAAGCGCCUCUCAGGGGGGCGCUGCUGCACACCUACGUGGCUCACGUCUUCACACGUUCCGCUGUGGAAGUCGGCUUCAUGGCGGCCCAGUAUUUCCUGUACGGAAUCCGCUUGUACCCGCUGUUCAAAUGUCGGUGCUAUCCCUGCCCCGAAGCCGUCGACUGCUACGUGUCCAGACCUACGGAGAAGAGUUUCUUCAUGGUCUUCAUGCAGUUCAUGGCCGCUCUGUCCCUGAUUCUCAAUGUCCUGGAGCUCAUGAACCUAGCCUACAAGGUUGUAAAGAGGAGAGUAAUCCAAGCCUACGCAGAUGAUGAUGAAGACGAUGACACAAGUAAAAAAGUGUCCUUCGUGUAAAUGCGUUGAGAGGUACAGAGCCCCAAACAUGACAUGAAUGAAAAAAA